GGUGGUUUUAUAUUUAAAUAUAAAUUCACAAAUUAGUGGUGGUAGAGAAAAUCUACCAGAUGAUUCUAAUGCUCUAUUACCAACUUCUCCUCCAUUACUUGAAGAUGUAUUAGAAUGUUAA